AUUAUAUAACCCUGAAAUCCCUUUGAUGUCAGUUUACGAAUAUUCAUGCAAAAGAAGGGGCAUAAAACUUUUACGGAAACGGUAAAAAAUGGAAAAGGGAGACGAGGACAAUGAACGACUUUUAGAAAAAUGUUGGAGGGAAGAUUACAAAGGGGCGAGCAGAAAGUGGCUUAUAAGAGACGCGUCGGGGAUGGUUCCCAGGGCACCUUUGUGCUCCACCAUGAAAGAAAGCUACGUCUACCCAACUGAAAAAGAUGAUAAGCCCAUAGGAAUCAGAAAAAAAACGUUAAUAAAGAAACUGUAUGAAGAAGCGACGGCGGAAGUAUUAGAAGAACAAGCGGCACACGAGGAACCAAACGAUUAUUGUACCGAAUACGAUGGAAACUUUAAAAUCGACAAUUUUCAGACCGACAAAGCUUUUUACUUGAAAGAACCCGAUUUACAACUGAAAUAUCCUCUUUAUAAUUCCCCACCGGCUUCGUACUACAGUUUCAACCAACAAAAGGAUCCCACUGGAAGCAGGGCGGUUUUACAUGGACUCACACGGGUGACAGACGUGCAAAAUAUGUUCAGGAGACAUGAUGGAUUCAGCAAGCCUAUUUCUGAAACGUUUUAUGCCCAUGAAUUGUAGUUUUUUUUUUUAAUAAAUUUAGUGUAAAACAG